UGAGCAUUUCUCCUACAUACUCCGACGAAGACGUGCAUUUCUUUUUGUUCGGUGAGAGAACCCGGUUAUGUUUGCUCUGCCGUUUUGUUGUGAGUUUUGUGAAUGUCCUGGAUUGUCCACUCUUUAUUAGUCGUAACCGGCAACGGAAAGUGCUGAGGAAUUGCCAGUAUGCCUGGUAGGUGCCUGUUCACCUCCGAAAUGGAGGCUUUCUUGCUGAACCUGUGGGGAAAUGUGCUCACCGGCAAAGACGGACAACCAGAAAAAUCGCGUGUACGCUACGACAAAAUCACGGAGAAGAUGAACACCCAGGGAGAGCUGUCAGGUUGGCAGGCAGUGACCCCGAGAAGUGCUGAGAACAAACUGGACACUAUGCGGAAAAAGGGAAAACGGUAUUACAAGACUUUUCGCCGUAUCACCAGGAGCGGGCCAUUAGUUGAAGAGGAUUUUGACCUGAAGGGCGCAUUCUUUCAUUGGCCGAACUUCCAAUUGUACCACCAGCUGUUUUUUCGUCACCCAUCGCUGGGAGCAAAUGCAAACUGCGCAGACGAUGACAGUGAAGCCCUGGUGACGAUCAAUGUGGAGGAUUUGGCAGAUGCAUCUGCAACUUCCUUGUCGCAAGAGCCAGCGCCGAAGAGGCAGCUGUGUUCUGACGGUCAAGUGACAGCCAUGGUGAAUGCCAUUGAACUGGACACCCCUACCAGUGUGGCUGCACAGUCACCUCACCUGGUCAAUCACCUGACAUCAGGCACUACGCCCACCCGACCACCAGCAGCAGCGGUAUCGUCUGUAACAUCGCAGUCAUCAUCCCACCUCGCUGACCGCUCCAUGACGGAUGCUAUAGGUAGCGUUGCCAGUAACGGACCCAUUCGACAUCCAGUACCAGCACCGGUGCUCUCAGUAGCUGCAGCACAAGCAGCAAUGACCUCAGCAGCUAUGACAUCAUCGGUGACAUCAUCGGUGACAUCAUCAGCAUCAUGCCAGUGCCAUGAAGCAAUCGCCAAAUAUCUAUUACAGUUUGAAGAGCGUAUGGCGCAGAUGCAAGCGAAGAUGGCACAGGAUCGUCAGCAAUUCGAGAUGAAGCUCCUGCUGAUGCAGCAGCAGUAUGAAGACAAACGUGAAGCAGAUAGACGGGAAGAAGGCGAGCGGCGGGAAGCUAAGAGACUGGAGUACGAGCAAAAGAGAGAGUCUGAGCGAGAGAAAGCAGCGCAUGAACUACGCCAGCUGGAGAAGGAGUUCAAUGCUGCACUGCUGGCAAGGCUUUUUGCCCCACGAUAAACUGAUCAAAUCAAGGACGUCCAAUGGAACCAGUGUCAUACUUUGCACAUGCAAAAAAUAAUGUUUCGGGCACAUGUCUUUUUAAAAGCUUUUUUUAUGACUUUUACAGUAUGUUUUCCAUGGCUUUUGAAAUAAUUGAGAAUAUUGUAUUUGUGUGAAUGUGCGUGCCCAUAUAUCAUGUAUAUUAGCCCCGUCGUUAUCUUAGUGCAAUUAGUAAUCCAAUUACCUUAUCCAUUGAACUGUAAAUCUUUGGAUGACGGGUGUCCUGCUGGCCCACACGGAAUGUGAUCCCUCUGGCCAGCACCAACACAAUGAAACUAGAAGAAGAGUA